CUUUUUCCUCUUCUUCGCGGCGGUGGGUCGGAGCCGCUGUGUCCCCGGUCUGGCACGUUCCUAGCCAAAUUCUCCACGGUGUAAAAUUUGAUACCCCCCUUUUUUUACGAAACCAAAAUUACCCCCCCUUUAAUUCCCCGCAACGGCUUCUACGUUUCCCGCUCAGCACGCGCCUCCGAAUCUCCACCGGUCACAUCCGAAGAUGGCGGUGGCGAGCGGGAUGUCGGGGUCGGCUGUAGCCCGGCUGGAGGGCCGAGAAUUCGAGUAUCUGAUGAAGAAAAGGUCGGUGACCAUCGGCCGGAACUCCUCGCAGGGUUCGGUGGACGUCAGCAUGGGCCACUCCAGCUUCAUCUCCCGGCGGCACCUGGAAAUAUUCACCGCGGGGGACGACGGCACCGGCACGGGGGAAUUCUACCUCCGCUGCCUCGGUAAAAACGGGGUGUUCGUCGACGGGGUGUUCCAGAGAAGAGGGGCGCCCCCCCUCCAGCUGCCCCGCAUGUGUUGUUUCCGGUUCCCCAGCACAAGCAUAAAGAUCACGUUCACUGCCCUGUCCAACGACAAGAAGGAGCCAAGGAACGUGCCGGAAUCACCGGUCAAGCCCGUCCAACCUCAAAUUUCCCCUCUGACCAUCAACAUUCCUGACAACAUUGCCCACCUCAUGAGCCCACUGCCUUCUCCCACCGGCACCCUCAGUGCGGCAAACUCCUGUCCGUCAAGUCCGCGGGGGGCUGGACUCUCCAGCUACAGGACAGGCCGCGUCCUGGCCUCGGACCUAAUGGGGGACAACUCCCACUCCGAAAACGACAAAGAGGCCUCCGGGGAAGACAGCCCGAAGGAUGACUCCAAACCUCCGUACUCGUAUGCGCAGCUGAUAGUCCAGGCGAUCACCAUGGCCCCGGAUAAGCAGCUAACGCUCAAUGAGAUCUACACACACAUCACCAAGAACUACCCGUACUACAGAACAGUGGAUAAAGGCUGGCAGAACUCCAUUCGCCACAACCUGUCCCUCAACCGGUACUUCAUCAAAGUGGCCCGCUCCCAGGAGGAGCCGGGCAAAGGCUCCUUCUGGAGGAUCGACCCCGCGUCGGAGGGCAAGCUGAUCGAGCAGGCCUUCAGGAAGCGCCGGCCGAGGGGGGUGCCCUGCUUCAGGACCCCCGUGGGGCCGCUCUCCUCUAGGAGUGCUCCAGCUUCUCCCAGCCACACGGGGGGACUGUCGGCCCACUCCAGCGGGGUCCAGACUCCAGACAGCCUGUCCAGAGAGGGGUCCCCUGUCCCCGUAGAGCCGGAGCCGACCCCGCCGCCUGCCCCCAGCCACGCCGCUGUGGUCCAGCCCAAGCUCGCCGUCAUCCAAGAGGCCCGCUUUGCGCAGAGCUCCCCCGGCUCUCCCCUCAGCAACCAGCCGGUAUUGAUCGCCGUGCAGCGCCAGAUGCCUCAAACGACCAUGAAGCCUGUGACCUACACCAUGGCGUCGCCAGCCAUCGUAACCACGUCGGGUAACUCCGCCCCCGUCAUGCAGACGGUGCACGUUGUCCACCAGAUCCCGGCCGUCGCCAUGGCGACUGUCAGCGGACAGGCCGCUGCCGUAGUGAGCCCCAAGCCUCAGGAGAACGGCAGUGGGGAGCACCGGGAGAUCAAGCUCACUGUAGAGUCGCUCCCAUCCAUCACAGCCUCGUCAAUCGGCGGAAUCAGCCGCAUCAUCCAGACCUCUCAGGGGGCGCCUCUGAGGACGGUAACCAUCAUGCAACAGGCCCCGCUCGGUCAGCACCAGCUCCCGAUAAAGGCCAUCACACAAAACGGGACCCAUCUGGUCCCCAUCGGUGCGGCUGCCGGCACGGCUGUUGCUAACCCUCUUCACCUCCUGGCGGCCCACGCCUCCGCCUCGGCGUCCCUCCCCACCAAGAGGCACAACGGAGAACUGCAGGGCCAGCCGCAAGCAAAGAGGGCUAAAGCAGAGGAGGAGAAGGAGGGCGGAGCAGCCGCCGCCGCUAACAACAACAAAAACGGCACCACGGACAGAGCCGGAGAAGCAGGGGUCAGUGAAAAGAUCGGUGACAAGUAGCCCCCCACACACACGCCGGUCUGCACGCUGGCCCCUUGCUCUCCUUUACACAUUGAGCCUCACACCUCCACACGCUCACCCUUCCAUCAUGUACUCCAAGGUGCCAAAUAAUCACAACUAGAUGAGACUCGUAAAACACCCGCGGGACUACGGAAUGUUCCUGUCCCCCCCCGCCAAAUUCUCCAUAUAUUUAACACCACGAAAUACAGUACGAUCCAAAACUGAAACCAAAUUUGAAGAUCAAAGAGUUGCUGAUGAAGCUUGAGACCCAGACGGCAAGAAGAAGCACAGAGGGGCAUUUUCACUAUUAAGAUUAAACACCAGAUAAUAAAAAAUAAAAAUAAAAACCGUAAAUGAAUAAAAAGAGACUUUUCAGCGAGGAGUCCUAACGCUCCCCCACAGACGGGACGGAGCCUCAUCCUGGUAGCAUUACAAGCGAGCACGUUUGCUGUAAACUGUCGGAUUGCGAGUCCCCAGUAGUAGCGGGAAGCGUGGACGCUCCCGUGUCCGGCAGCUAGCCUCCGUGUCCUACGUAACCCGUCGUGAGUAGAUAUGCAGUAUUCCGUUGUGUAUCUUUGGAUCUUUUUGAGUGUUUCUCUGUUUCCCAAGGCUCCGACACUAUCUAGUAAUAAUGAACUAAAAGCUGUAGGUGGGGUCUUUAAGAACAUUCAAACAUCACGAGAUAUUUUGGGAAUCCUUUUGUUUCUUUCUUUUUAUAUAUAUAUAUAUAUAUAUAUAUAUAUAUAUAUAUAUAUAUAUAUAUGUGGACCCUUUUUUGUUCAGUGAAAUGAAUGUAGUAAAGAAAACACUAUCUAUGGAGUGGAUGUUCAUUUUUUUUCUGCUGAUUCAUGCAAAUGAAAUUUCUUUAUAACUAUACACUCGUGAAUAAUUUUUUUUUCAGAUUUUACAAAUAUCCUGUGAGUCUCUUCCCAUGCGUAUUUGACCAUAUGCUUCAUCAAGCUUGCAUGUUACGGAUCUAGACACAAUGUACUUGAUUAUCUGAAUAUGGAACUGAAGAACAUUUUGACUGAAUCUACGCUAAUGAUUCUGACCAGUGCUGCACUUAACCCUCUUAGUUUGGUUAUUUUUGUACUCCCACUCUCAUUUGCUCCCCCGUCACCUUGCGUUGUGUUUGUUACAUUUUGUGUUGAAGUUGGCAACUCCUUGAUCAAUAAUUUUAUUCUGUUUUAGGCUUCCAACCGAGCCUGUUCAGAAUGUAUUUUAUGUUACGCAAGGAAAAACAAGUGAUAGGUGUUUGUUCUGCUUCAGUGGGUAAAUGCAUUUUUUUUUUAUAUAUAUAUAUAUAUAUAUAAUAUAAAAUAUAUAUAUAAAUUUAUUUAAAACACAUAA